CUGGUGCUUUAGACACAGUUGGACUGUAUGUGCUGGAACAUUAGAAAACACAUUUGUAUACUUCAACACUAACGUCAUUUUUGUCUUAAAUCGAAAACGCCCUGGAGUUUUAAUUUCAAAAUCAUCAUAAUUGAAAAGGAGGACUUCGUUGUAUUGUUCAACAAGGAUAGGAAGGACUUUCUCCUUUGAGUCAGAAUGAGUCGGGUGGAAGAAUGGGUGCUGGAGAACAGGAGCAAGAUCGAGAAAGGAGUGGAAAUCAUGGGGCAGGGGUGUGAGGUUUUAGCAGCCACCGUGGGACAGCUGCACCCCAUCCUGGAGGCCGUGUUCGUGGCCUCGGCCGAGCUCCUUAGCAAUCCGGAGGGUAAAGAGGCCAAGUACAUCACCGAGCAAUUCGAGAAGAUCAACCAGAAACUCGAAGGCAUCCAAGACGAAAUCGACAAAAUAGCUUUGGAGCUGCAGCGGACGUCCAUGAACAAGCAAAACUUUGACAGCGAGGCGCAGAUGGUCAGCCAGUACGAGAAGUUUCAAGACUUUGUCAAUGCUAAGCCCAAGUUCAAGGAGAAAAAGAAGGAGAAGUUUUUGAGCCAAUACGAGAAUACGGGUGCAGAUCUGAACAUCGAUUCCUUGUACAACGCAGUAAUUGGAGAAAACACCUCUGGAGAUCCCAUGCUGGACACGGUGGUCAACACUGAGCAACGAAGCAGAAGGGCGGUGGAGGAGUUUUGCGCCAGGCUAAAGAAGCUUUUCGUUGUGGGAAUUAUAGCAGUCAUGGGUCACGCUGCCCUAAAGGAGGGAGCUGUAGGCGAAGCCAUGGUCAAGAAAUGGCAGGAUCGGAUGGAAGAGGUCGAGAAACGGAUGAAGGCAGCCGUGGACGAAUGCAUUGAGAAUUUCCCCGAGCAGGCUAAGAUGGAUGUGGAGCAGCAACUCAUUGAGCGCCAAGGCUCGGUUGACCCAGAGUUCACUUCAUUUAUACUCGACCUCCUUGCCAAGAAAUACGACUGGGUGUGUUGGUCGGUUCGGGUCUUCAACCACAGUGGCCUGUUCUUCUGGAACUGGCUCGCGGGCAAAACGUACCAGGGAAGAGGAGGAGGUGGCAACUUUUUUGAUCUUCUGACCCAAAACAACAUCAGAAUCGUUGUGUCGUUCAGUGCAGACCCGAAACCGAUCAACAAGAGCCAGGUGCUGGAACAGAUUGAAACUCAGAAGUUAAAGGGUAACAUGAUGUCUGUGGCUCAGACCCUGUGCAACUCUCUUCCCAACACCGUGGUGCACGCCGUAAGCCGUUAUAAGAACGUAGAGGAGAAAAACAACUUUCAGCCAGAAUGCUACUACUUUGCGAGUCACAAAAAGGCCUAUUUCUGCAUUCAUUCUGAAUAGAUGUGUGAAGACUGGAAACAUACAAAUGGCUAUCAGUCUUCAAUAUAUUUCUGCUAUCAAAAGUAUGAUUGUAUUAAACUGCACAGCAUUAGAUAAGACAAAAAUCCUGGGAAUUCUCUACGAAACUUUAUUUUGUUGCAUACCUGUAUAACAUGUCUGUGACCAAACAUUAACGCACUCAUCAUACAUAAAUGAUGUAAAAUUAUCAUUAGACGGUUUUGUUAUCAGUUGGUCUACAACAGAUUUGAAAAAGCCAUUUGUGGCUAACAAGAAAGUGGCUGGGUGCAUUAUAAUGGCAUUUAUUGUUAGCCGUGGUGUUUACAAUCAGAAAGCAUAUCAGUUCAACUUGAGAAUGUAGUGAAAUGUUAUAAAAAGGGCAGAGGGCUUUACUGAAAAGAUGUUAUUCUAUAUUAAAUAUACAUAUAGUCUCUGUAAUCCAUGAUAUGUAAUCACAAAAUAAAAUAAAAUGAUCUAGGA